UACAAGUAAAUUGAGUUGCUGACUUUGUCACGGAACGACUUAAACGUCUACCUUUUGUGCCAUAUUUGGUUGGCGCUGUGCCGUGAGAUUUUUGGCAUGUACAAUAUGUGCCUUGGCUCAGAGGUUGAGGACGGGAUGGAGGGGGGGCGAGGCUUACUCGGGUGUCUGGUUACAUUUGGCACCACCUGCAGAGGUGCCUUAAAGGGCCGCGUUUCUGCGUGCCUGCGCCAGUCGUCACCUCCUCCGAAGAUGGACGGCAGCGGCAGACCGCUCGGCCUCACCGCCCGCGACCUGCUGCCCCCUCCGCCGCCCCUCUUCCUGCGGGCCUCCCUGGAGCGGGGUUACCCGCGCACCCCCAAGUGCGCCCGGUGCCGCAACCACGGCGUGGUGUCGGCGCUGAAGGGCCACAAACGCUUUUGCCGGUGGCGGGACUGCGUGUGCGCCAAGUGCACACUCAUCGCCGAGAGGCAGCGGGUCAUGGCCGCCCAGGUGGCGCUCAGGAGGCAGCAGGCGCAGGAGGAGAGCGAGGCGCGGGACAUCCGGAUGCUGUAUCCCGGCGGGGGGGGCGCAGGGGGGCCGCCCUUUGGCACCGGGACGCGUGCCGCCACCGGCCAGCUGACAGAUUUUGAUGUUUUUCCAACUGACGCCUCGAAAGAUGACGAUCCCCUGACCAAGUACCGCUACGAGAGCCCGCGUCCGUCGUCCUCGGAGCCCGAGUCGGGCAGCGACUCGGACAAACACAAGGAGUUCCAACGCGACGCCCCGGAGUCUCGCGCCAGAUCGCGCAAAGGCGACGCCGUCAAACACGCCGACGGUGUGACGCCGCCUCUCCCGCUCAGGCCCGCUUUCGGGCCGGCGCAAGAUUCUGUAGGAACCGAGUCAGCUUUCGCGCCACUCUAUAUUCCGCCGCCGGCCACCGUAGGGGAUGGCGUUUACGGGCUCAACCCUCGCCUGGGUAUCAACCCCUUAUGCCUGGCUUACUCGUCCACAAACGGCACCAGCUUGAUGUCGCCGUACGUGAGCUCGGGCUUGAUGCCCGUGUUCCCGCUGCGUCCUCCCCUGGACGUGUACUCGUUCCCGGGCGUGAUCCGAGACCUUUCGUACCUACGUGGGAAGGAGCUUCUGUGCAGUGCCGCCGUGUACAAGCGCCUCGCCAGUGACAAGUGACUUCAUCUUCGUCACGUGCCGUUUUUUCUUUUUCAGUGUAAAUGUUGUAAAAAUAAAUCAUAUGCCAAGAUG